AUGCCAAAUGUUUGGUACCCGGAAAAUUCGUAUCCUCUCUGGAAGGCAAAACGGGAGCUGCAAUCAGAUCCUUCUCCGCUCUUCUUCGUCUGGAUUUUCUAUCUUUUUUUUGCGACCUCCGAGUCUCCUUCCUCUUCCUCGUCCCUUCCUCUUUUCAAUGAGGGGGACCGAGGUGGAAGUUUUUCAUCUACCUCUAUAUGUACACCCAGCCCUGGGAGUAAAAGGGCUUGCUCCUGCACUUUCUCCGUCUUCUGCUACUGUCUACCUAUCUUUUGUGGGCUGCUUCUGCCGCUCUCCUUUCGGUGCUUUGUGUUCCUUCGCCAUCUGUUUCUUAGACGAGAAGUCCUUCUUUGCAGCUUCUUCUGUUUUUGGUGCCGUAGGUUGCGUCGGGUUCUUUCCGGUACACGCUCGAGAUACGUGUCCGAUAGCACUGCAGGUCCAACAAUUGGGACGACGACCUUCGACCACAACCAAGAUACUACGUCCCUGGCAUAUAUGCCAGCCCCGAUUGUGACACAUCACAGAAGCGCACCGCCGAGUCCCACGGGUCACGGCGGUAGCAGUAUCGAGAUCCACACAUCCCUGUCUACGGACGAUGCUUUCACUAUCAUCCCGGACGACGUCGAAGCGCACAGGAUUUCAAAUAAUUACCUGUUUGGAUUUAAGAAAUGGAAAAGUCAUAUUUCGACUCGACCGGUCGAAAAUCGUUCCGAGAUUGUUCAGGAUCUGUACAGCGAUAUCAACAAAUCUGUGCUCCCCGUCCGAGUCUCCACGGUUAGGCCCAGCAACAUCCUCUAUGUAUUGUUUAUUGGUUGGUGGCUGGCCCUAAUCUAUGCCCUGAUCGCCGUCGUCAUGUUCCUUACCUACUUCGGAAGAUCCUAUGGGUUUUUCUGUCUAAAAAUGGCGCGCUAUUUUCUCUGGCCGUUCGGCUUCUUCGUUCAUCUUGUCGAUACUCCACCCCCUCUGGAAUUGUCAGCUGAAGUUCGCGAAGAAAACAAUCGAAAUAUGGAAGACGGUGAACGUCAACCGAACGAACGUACGAGUCUGCUGAAAAAAAGCAGGUCUGCCCAGUUGGCGAAUGAAAGAUGGAAGUAUUGGUACAAACCCAAAACCUAUCUCUGGUUCCUCCUUGGAGUACCUAUCCUCAUGGUGUGUCAUAUACUCGUCUUUAUUGUUACCUGGCUGUUAGUCAUAACCAUUCCUAUUGCCAAAAUCAACAGCAAGACCAUCAGAAAGGUGUUGUUCCUCCCCCCGGAACAUAUUGAUAUCUGCAACUCCAAUGUUAUCCCCAAAGACAAUAUACGACGAAACGGCGAGAUCAUAAUGUACACACACCAAUCACUAAAUAUUUAUUACUACAAAUACACUGUAGACGAUCUCCACUGCUCCAAAUGUGAAAAAGUUGAAACUUGGAUUCCCAUAAACGGCAGCUCAGGCGAUUCUUCAAACUCUUCAGCUGUUGGAAUGCAGUGCUCCCAAUGUAGCCAGUCCCUGUUCGGUCUGGAUGGAGAUACUACUCUUUACGACAAGCACAUCUUGCCCCUGGUAUAUACCUGUGCUCUUCUUCUUCCCAUUUCAUACAUUAUCGGUUUGAUUUUCAGCAUGAAGACCCAUUUUGGCCAUGUCUAUCACGAAUUUUAUGAUCAAAUGGCAGAGGAAGGGUCAGCACAUCGUGGACACCAUCAUGGUGCUCCUCAGUGGUCAAGAAUUAAAUGCAUUAUCAUUUUAUUUAUCAGCACGGUGCUGAUCUCUCUUUUGGCGGAUAUAAUGGCUAACAAUCUGCAACCUUUGAUGGAGUCACUCAAAAUGUCUGAAUAUUUUAUUGGGGUCACUCUGAUUGCUAUUUUGCCGGAACUUCCUGAAGUUGUCAACGGGAUCCAGUUUGCACUACAAAACAAUGUGGCAAUGGGAAUUGAGAUUGCCAUCAACACGUCAAUCCAGUGCUGCCUCUUACAGGUCCCCCUCUUGAUCCUCAUCAACCUUAUCUAUCCAUUUGGACUGUACAUGAUUUUUAGUGACGUCCACAUGUUUGCCGUCAUCUUUGCUGUAAUAGUCAUGAACUAUACUUUGCAAGAUGGACGCAGUAACUACUUUCAGGGAUCAGCUCUACUUCUCAUCUAUUUUGUACUGAUGGCCAUGUACUACUUCACGCCUACACCUAAAGUUGUCCAGUGCUAG